CGUGAGCAGAGCUGAUGUCGAUAAUUCACACAUAAUUUCAGGCUCUCGGGGGUGGCACACAUCACCGUACAACGGCGCCAACUACACCCAGCGGCUAAUUUUCAGGACUUCAGGAAACUUGCUUCAAUACACACCGCGCGCUCCGUUGUGAAGGCUCGCAUUCGUUCACUUUUACUUUCAUUUGUGGCGCAAUCCAGUGUUGAAAACUCGUGCCCCAAAAAUAUUAUACACUCGACGCGAAGGCAGACCAGCGAGAAGACGCGAUUCAACGCGGUGCACACUAAACGCGACGGCGACGGUGACAUCGUCAGUGUGGUAGUGUGGUGGAGCUAUGGCUCGGUGUCACGGUAGUGGAUUCACUUCUUCUGGUGCUCGCGACCCUUUGGAUAACACAGUCGCGGGUGCCCUAUAGGACUAAAUAUUUCUCCGGGUUGUCCUUUUCCAAAUUACGAAAUUCGCCAUGUACUCGGAGGAACAAGAUUCGCACGGCUUAUUAACCUUGCAUUAUGGGAAACAUCAUGCUACCAUAGUCGACGAGAUCAAAACCUGCUUUGCUUCUGAGAAUUACGCAGACAUGACGUUCGUGUGCGAUGACAAGACAACUCUAAGUGCCCACAAGUUGAUAAUGGCAUCAGCAAGUCCUUUAGUCCGCCGCAUCCUGGGUGAGAGUGCCCAUGCUCACGGGCCCAGCGUAGUUCUCAUUCCAGGGAUCAAAAGUUGCCACCUCCGUCACCUCCUGGACUUCCUCUACAACGGACAAGCUUGUAUAAAGUCGAACGAGCUGGACAGUAUCCAGGAACUUUUCGAGUUGCUUCAGAUCAAGUCGGACAUGUGGCAGUCUUCCAGUACGGAAGAGGCCAAAACUCAGUCCGAAGACGAUCGGAGUUGGACUCCAACGGAAAAUGAAAAUUCGGAAUCAGUGCACGUGAAAAGGGAAACAGACGACGAUGAGAAAGAGGAGGGUGAAAUAAAAGACGAUGACGACGACGAAGACACCGUGGAUAGUAACACGCAGGAACAGAUCACCGUGUCACCAAAUCCAGUUAACUUAUCUCUCAACACUAAGAACACGGACAAUGACGAUAAGGAUAACGAUUACGAGAGCAAUUCUGAGAAAACAGAACAAAAAAAUCCCGACAUGUUAAAAAUCGGCCAAUCGACGGUGAAAAUUGCUCCGAAGGUGCACGAGCUGUCGCAGUACCACCAUCACAGAAUGAAACGUAAAAGUAUUUACACGGAACCUAUAGACUUGAAACACCAAGAGGAACUGGCGCAGCUGAAGCCGCCCAUAGCAGAUCAGAAACUGAUAUCGCUCGUACAGAGCCCCGACAAUUACGUAGUGACACCGCACAGGAAAAGAAGACCGGGCUUCCAUAAUUCCCCAGCCCAAAAUCCACCAUUUGUGCCGUUCUCCCCGUCGUACAUAGACGACGCGAGUCACCAUCAACACCACAGAUACAAGACGCUCCCUCCAUUGUUGGCAGCGCACCAUCCCUUGUCGUUAUCGGCCCCACCGUUUUUGGUGGACAGGACCCACACCCCGACCCCAGGACAGCACCCGGACACUUCCGGUGCACCGGAUAACGUCGUGGUGAAGUACAGACCGCCCAGUGCUGACCAAGGGCUAACCUCGGAUACUUAUCAAACUUUCGAGCACACCUGGGGAGCAUGGUCGUUGUGUCAAACCCAAGUAAACGCCCCGACGAGCAACGAGGAAACCAGAGACCCUCCGGCAUCGUUUUCGGCAAGCGGCAACGAUGACACAGCCGAAAGUUCAUCCCACGCCACCGGGACUAGUAAACAAUCCUUACCCGCAGUUCAAGUUCGAGAGUAUCGUUGUGAAUAUUGCGGCAAACAAUUCGGUAUGUCGUGGAAUCUGAAGACCCACUUGCGAGUACAUACAGGUGAAAAACCAUUCGCGUGUAGAUUGUGUGUGGCGAUGUUCAAGCAGAAGGCACACUUGCUGAAACAUUUGUGUUCUGUGCACAGGAACGUUAUAUCGUCGAACGACGGGAACUCGGGCAGGUUCAACUGCUGCUUCUGCCCGCUGUCGUUCGAAUCGCUCCCCGAGCUGAUCAGACAUUUGUCGGGGCCCCACAACAAUUUAUUGUUAAGUAAAAACAUGCACGAGCUCAAGUAGCUCCAUUCACAUUCCAUUGCCCACGAUGAGGUCGUAUAGAAUAUUGAGAACGACCACAUCUCGGAUCUUGUGAUAUGCUGAACCUAUCAGUGCCUUUCAUGUAUCUCGCGUGGACGUAGGUGUAGUCGGUUACCCUCAGGGAUAUAGUAAGUAGUUUUUUGUCCCAGGGUCAGGCACCAAACUACGGGACCAAUUCGUGCCUUCCACUAUAAUCGACGCCCUCCUUUGUAAUUGUGUUAUAGUUGUAUUGCCUAGACAUAAUCUCAACCGAUGUUGUGUUCAGUUUGACUUUACGUACCUAACUACGCGUGGUGUGUAUGACAAGUGAUUUUUAUGUAAUUUUUUUCGGCUAGCCCGAUGCUAAUUGCAAACACUGUUUAUAUAAAUUAUUAAAGGUCAAAACGAAUCCACUGUUAUAUACAUCACAAGUGGAUUGAUAUUUAUACAUUAACCAAAAAUGCUGGAACAUUUUAACCAACUUUUAACUCGCACGAUCUCACUAUGGUUACGACUAAUGGGUGCCCAAAAUUUCUCCUUCUCGCGAAUUCGACCAACACUGACAUUUGACAGGAAAACACAAAUCUGAUAUUUAUUAUACCACUUUAAACACCAAAACAAAUUCAAAUACUCCAGCGUUUUGACAAUUCCGAAUCACUGUCAAAUUUCAUUGCGAAUUUCUGUAUUAUUUUUUUAGACCUAGCACAGAACAAAAUUAUACAGACAAACUUUUUAUUUUUCCUUUUGCGAAAGCUAGACGCGCACUAUCCACAUAAAAAAAUAUUUCCAAACUGGAGAGUAAACGCCAUAUCUUAAUUCAUCACUUUAUAUAUUUAUAAUUUUUUUUUUUUUUUCAUUUUUCAGACGACAAUCCUUUUAGUUUACUGCAAAGCUUAACACAAAUUAUUUGUAAUAAAACAGUGGCAUUUAUGAUCCCUUUUGGAAAUAUUUUGUGUUUUUUUACAAAUUGUACACUAUUAUUUCCUUCCUUAUUAUUUGUGCAAAGCAUUUUUCGUUUUUGUAUGCAACACUUGUAUAUUACUUGCUUAUGAAGUUUUUACUAUAAAACUGGAAGAUACGACGUAUAUUUUUUUAAUAUACACACCAAAGAAGUAAAAAUUAGGUUGAUUUGCAAUCCUUGUAAACUAAUCAUCUCUCUUAUAAUUUGCUCUCAUCUUUUUUUUUUCUAUAGAUCUUAUUCCCCUAAGGGAAGUUCGAAGGCCAUGCUCUAGCUAGUUUUCUUUUUUUUUUUUGUAUAAUUUGAAUGCUACUUUAAUUUAUACCUUGGCCGCUACUUCGCACGUCUUUUUUUAAAUUCUUUUAGAACAAACCUUUUUUUUAAUAAAUAAAAUUACUUAAUUACGUGAACAAAUUUUGUCGGCACGAUUGUUUUUCGAAACGUGGUACAAAUGUGGUAAUUUAGUAUUUUUUUUUGUUAGAUUUGUAAAAUGUAAAUAAAAUAGUUUUGUAAAUAAUGUA